CAAUUUUACUCACCAACCCUACCAUCUCUGCAAGCUUAGAGUUAUUUGAAGGUCUACAAAUUCUACAACAUAGAGGUCAGGAUGCAGCAGGAAUUAUUACUUGUGGUAAUAAAGGUCGUCUUUAUCAGUGUAAGGGAAAUGGAAUGGUUCGUGAUGUUUUUAAUCAUGAAGUUUUAUUACAUUUGGGUGGGAGUCUUGGGGUUGGUCAUGUAAGAUAUCCAACUGCUGGUACGUCUUCACGUUCAGAAGCACAACCAUUUUAUGUUAAUAGUCCAUAUGGUAUAGUUUUUGCCCAUGUACCCGAUACUAGUCGUGUGGCUGCUCUUCAAGUUUCUCAUAAAUUGAACAUUGCUUAUCGUGAAGGAUUUAUUAAAAAUCGUUACGUAGGUCGAACUUUUAUAAUGCCAGGGCAACAAAUGCGUCGAAAAAAUGUAAGAAGAAAGUUAAAUGCUAUGGCAUUAGAAUUUACAGAUAAAAAUGUCCUUAUAGUCGAUGAUUCUAUUGUAAGAGGUACUACAUCUAAAGAAAUUGUACAAAUGGCUCGUGAUGCUGGUGCCAAGAAAGUUUAUUUUGCAUCAUGUGCUCCACCUAUUAGAUAUCCUAAUGUUUAUGGGAUUGAUAUGCCAUCACGUAAAGAGUUGGUAGCACAUGAUCGUGACAAUGAAAAAAUAGCUCAGGAAAUUGGUGCGGAUAAAGUAAUAUAUCAGGAAUUAGAUGAUUUAAUAGAAUCUUGUAGAAAGUUCAAUCAAAAUAUUUUAAAUUUUGAUUGCUCAGUCUUUAAUGGUCAUUAUACAACUGGUGGCGUAACAGAAGAAUAUUUAGAACAUUUAGAAAAUGCUCGUGGUGAUUCUACAAAAGAUAAUGUUUCAAAUGGUAUAUAUUAUGAACAGGAUACAAUAAUAGGUUUAGGCAGUUUAAAUAAGUAUAUUACAUAA